AUGUCUCCCUUAGCAACCAAGACAAGCUUGAGCUGAAGCCACCGAGCAGAGAUGGAGGACGGGCGCCGAUCUCCAACGCUACAACUAGACCUCUAUAACUUUGAAAAGGGCCACGGCAGUCGCUACGUGCUGACUAGUCCGCGCUCCCUGGAAGCCUGUUCACGCAUGGCGAUCCGGCCCGUGGAUCUCCUGCAUCGGACCCCUGAAGAGCUGGCGGAUGAGCAUCCAGGGGCCUCUAUGAGGCAAAUAAGUGAGAUGUACGAGGCUUAUGAGAAGGAGCGCAGGAGAAAGGUGAGACUGUGCAGGGAGACGAGGAGGCAGCUGCUGUGUGAUCAGGAAGAAAUGAAGUCCAAGUCGCUAGCUGACAUAUCCAGUGUGGGAACCAAAAAUCCCAUAGACUCUGUAAGGAAACCAGACUAUGCUCCCACCACGUCUUCAGAAUGGUGGAAGUUCCCUAGGGAGAAGGCGAAGGCACCAGCUAGCAUGUGCAAUGGGGAACCCUCCUUAGCUCCAGACUGGUGGGACAAAUCAGCUAUUUCCCAGUAUAGAGCACAGAAAAACCAGCCUCCACUGCGGAAGAGCCUGAGUAUGGAAGAUCUAACGUCGUCUGUUCGGAAGGUCAAACAGUUGGCCAGAGAAGUGGAGAGAGAAGCCCAAGUGUCAGUGUCCAGCCGAGAUAAGAAGAUUGCAGAACUGAUGUUAGUCAAGUAUCAAGAGGAGGAGAUGGCUAAGAAGAGGAGAGUCCAAAUGGAACAAGCAUGGGAGGGAGCGAUGAAUGAGGAGAAGAACUUAAAAGCAGCAUUACAGAAGGAGGGUUGGAGAUAUUUGUCCAGAAGCACUGAACGUCAGCAGAGGAAUACUAAUGCCAGGACAACAUGGGGUGUGAAAGAGGAUAAUGACCUGGAGAUAUCUGUUGGGGUUCACGGUGCAUUAAUUAACCAGUUAAUUGAUAAAAGGAUGAUUCAUGCCAUUAAAGCUAAAAAUAUGAAUGAACUGCAGAACAAGAUGAGCAUUAAAAUAAAAAAUGAACAUGAGAAACUCAGGCAUUCAAGAUUGAAAGAACAAGUGGAUAACCAGACAAAAGCACAGGAACUAUUUAAAAUGAUGUCAAUCCAACAAAAAGAGCAAAAGUCUGAAGAAAUGUACAAGCAGUUUAUUGAAGAAAGGAACAAAGAGCUAAAAGAAAGGGCAGCUAAAGAGGAGGAACAGAUACUAAAGGCGAAGAUUAGGGCUGAGCACCAAGAAAGGGAGCAGACAAAACACAGGCAGCGGUUAGUUCAUCAAACCGAUAAAAGAAUACAGCAAGCUAAAAAUUCUCAGGAGAAGGCCAUUCAGAGCAAGGCAGAAAAAACCAAAGAACUGAAUUCAACUAAAGAGAAAAUCCAUCAUUUCCUAAAGAAAAAAAUAAAUGAAAAGGAAGAAAUUAACAAAAUACAAGUGGAAAAACGGAUCCAAAUUAAGAACAGGAAAAGUGCCAAGUUGCUCAAGGAUAAAGAAGCAUUGGUUGAUGAGGGCCGCAGAAUAGCUAGGGCAUCUUUUCAGAUGAGAGAGAAAAUCAGAGAGCAGACCAGAUGUAGAACUUUUGACCAAAUGGCCCUCCAGGCCCAAUUAAAUGCAAGUCUGUUAAAAAAUACCAUAUGAAAAAGUCUUCCAACAACAUAUGUGCAGGCAAAUUAAUUCUUGGCAAAGACUCCAAAACGUGUCCAUCAAGUUCUAACAGCAUUUUUGGCAUGAUGCUAUUUGUUUAUAGUUAAAAGGAUAUUAAAGCCAGUUUCCUACAUGCAUAGUAUAUAUAGACAAAUAAACACUUUAUUGCAAAAUAUUAGUAUCCAAAAUGUUUAAAAGUAUUUAAAACUAAUUUUAUCUGCAAAAAUUCAUGCACUCCAAUUUUGCACUCCAGGUGCAUACCCCUUGAAAAGAUUCUUCAGUUUUCUUUCUAAUCCUUUAUUGUGGCUAGUUAGAGAUGGAUAUAAAUGAGCUCCCAUGCUGAUAAGCAGUACA